CGACUCACUUCAACUUCACUUUACACUCGAGCCAUUUAUUGUAGAUAACACAUCUCAGAUAUCAAUCAAUACUUAUGAUAUCUGAAAUGGAACAAAACAACAAAAGAUUAAUCGAAACCUUAAUUAGAGGACGAGAUUCUACAACAAGGUUGCAAGAUUUACUUUGCCGGAAAGAGAAUCUUAACGGUUUGGUUUCGGUUGAAGAUCUGUUAACAGAAAUACUGGGAUCUUUUUCCAGUGGCAUUUCCAUGUUGAAUUCUUCUGUUUCCGGUGAGAAUCACGGGUUUCCGGUGGAAAAUAUGCCGGAAGUUUACUCCGGGAAGAAGCCGGCGGUGAAGGAACGAAGAGGUUGUUACAAGAGAAGAAGGACCAUUGAUACUAGUGUCAUAACUAGUGCAACAAUUGAAGAUGGAUUUGCAUGGAGAAAGUAUGGACAAAAAGAGAUCCUUAACUCUAAAUCCCCAAGGUGUUACUUUAGGUGCACCCACAAGCAUGUUCACGGGUGCAAAGCACAAAAACAAGUCCAAAAGUUGGAAGAUGGAUCAAACAUGUACCACAUCACAUAUCUUGGCAAGCACACUUGCCCUAGUAUCACACACCAUGAAGUUGUCCUAAACUUUCAAGAUUUCAAAAACACUUACCAUGUUUCCAACAGCCCCUCCACUAUUACAAAUGCACACAUUGACCCCUCCGUAAAACAAGAAGUUGACUCAAAGGACCAAAGUACUGAUGUCUCUGACAUUGUUUCAUCAGCCAAUGAUGAAAACACAUCCCCACCUUUAAGGUGGGACGAGAUAUUGGGGGCUGGUUUGGGUUCAUGCCAUGAGGGUGCAUCGUACAUGAGGUUUGACCAUGAAGAUUCUUGUGCAUCCACUAGCUCACAUGGCUAUAUGUAUAUGGAUUAUCUCAACAAUGAUGAUUUGUUGAGUGGUGGUAUUGGUCUACUUGAUCAAAAUGUUUUCCUAGAUUAAGGAAUAUAAUAUUUCAUUCCAAUCAUCAAUCAUCAGGAUAAAUUACAUAAGGAUAGCAGGUAGACGAGCAACAAACUGCGCUGCCAUCCUAGAUUAAUAUCAUGGAAUCAAUGAGAUUCAUGAUAAAGAAUAACCUUUAAUGCACAAGGUAUAACUUCCAUUUUACCAAAAACCCUCAGUAUCUGGUUGUUAUAUUUUCUUCGCGUCGUUAAUCUGAAUACAGUCUAGAAGCAAUCGUCGUGGAAAACUGAAGUUAAGUUUUGUAAAUAGAUCUUGUCAUUAUCGCUUGUUUCGGUUAGUUUUAUAUAUUUUGUAAAUUAAAGUGCAUUAAGAUUAUUAGAGGUGUACAACACCACAUGCACAAUGUACAAUGUAAUAUAGUAUCUUGUGUUUGAGUUAAUUAUAUAAAAGCUAUUUUUAAUGUAGUUUU